AUGUCUCGUGACAAUCGACAUGCAAGUAGUUGGUUGAUUGGUGAGAGUAUAAGAGAAACAUAUCAAGGGGUUGGUUGUGAAUUUCGACCAAAAGACAUUGUAGCAGACAUUCGAAAGCAGUAUGGCAUUCAAAUCAGUUAUGAUAAGGCGUGGAGAGCCAAAGAACUUGCUUUAGGUUCUAUUAGGGGAUCACCUGAGGAGUCUUAUAACACUUUACCGUCCUAUUGCUAUGUUUUAGAGCAAAAAAAUCCUGGUACCAUUACUGAUAUAGUUACUGAUUGUGAUAAUCAAUUGAAAUACUUUUUUAUGUCGAUUGGUGCAUCUCUUGCUGGGUUUCACACAUCAAUAAGGCCUGUGGUUGCAGUUGAUGGGACAUUUUUGAAAGCAAAGUACUUAGGGACUUUAUUUAUUGCAGCGUGUAAAGAUGGCAACAAUCAGAUAUACCCUUUAGCCUUUGGGAUUGGUGAUUCAGAAAAUGAUGCCUCAUGGGAGUGGUUUUUACAAAAACUACAUGAUGCACUUGGACACAUUGAUGAUUUGUUUGUGAUAUCAGAUCGACAUGGUAGCAUUGAGAAAGCAGUACAUAAAGUAUUUCCCCAUGCGAGGCAUGGUGUUUGCACUUAUCACGUUGGACAAAAUUUGAAGACAAAGUUCAAGAAUCCUGCAAUUCAUAAGUUGUUCCAUGAUGCUGCCCAUGCUUAUCGUGUUUUAGAGUUUAGUUUUAUAUUUGGGCAACUAGAGAUGAUUGACCCAAGAGCAGCAAGAUAUUUGAUGGAUAUAGGUGUUGAUCAAUGGGCACGUUCAUAUUCUACCGGAAAAAGAUAUAAUAUCGUGACGACAGGGAUCGUUGAAAGCCUUAAUGCUAUGUUGAAAAAUGCUAGAGAUCUUCCGGUUUUGCAAUUGGUUGAAAAAUUGAGAAACUUACUUCAAAAAUGGUUUGUGACUCGUCAACAACAAGCAAUGUCAAUGUCAACCGAACUUACCAUGUGGGCUGAUGGAGAACUUCGUUCUAGGUAUAAUAUGUCAGCAACAUAUCUAGUGGAACCUAUCAACUCCAAGGAGUGUAAUGUUAACUAUGUUGGCAUUAGUGCUCAAGUGAAUUUAGACACUCGUUCAUGCACAUGUCGACAAUUUGAUCUUGAUCAUAUUCCAUGUGCACAUGCUAUUGCUGCUUGUAGAUUUUACAACAUUUCAUGUUACACUUUGUGCUCCAAGUAUUUUACUACUAAAUAA